AUGUCGUUCGUGCACUUCGGCGCCGGGUGCCAGGAGUACCUGAAAAACGUGCUUCCACGAGAAUUGGAGAUCGACCCGCAGAUGCGCGAGGAGAUCAGUCCUACUGAGGGGACGGAUCCCAGAAAUCCCAGCCAGGAGUUCGACCGCUUGGACCACGGCUCGCGCGUGAACUUGGCCUUCCUGCGCUGGCAGAAGCGCGUCUACGCCGACCGCGAGGGCCUCGAUGUCGAGUCCAUGUCCGCACGCGGCGAGCGCGCCCCCCGGCUGCCAGGCAUCAACUACACUUGGCCAGCGUUAUAUGACAGCCCAGAUUUCAAAAGAUUGCAGACGCGCAUUGCAGACUUGACCAGGCUCUACCUGAAGAGGACCGGCUACAGGAGCAGCGACAUCCCGAGGAGAUUCCACCAGUUUGUCUGGGUGGAGGUCUACGAGAAGGGGGAUGCUCUCAGACCUGGUGCGCGCACCGACGGAGCCUACCUGCUGGGGAGAUACUUCGCCUCGGCCAAACGAGGCGCUCUGAAGCUAAACUUCGAGGAUCCGCGGGGCAUCAACCCGCCCUACGGGAAGACUUUUAGCCACCAGGUCUACGAGGGGAACGUUGUGCUUUUCCCCACGUGGACGUCGCAUUUUAUCCAGGCGCUGGCGCGGCCCCCUUAUAGCCGUGAGGCCGAUCAACGCUUGGUGCCCAAAUUGAUGUGA